AGAAAAAUGGCUGUUAAAGUUGGCAAGGUUGUUUACUUCUUUUCGAUCAAAGUUGUAGAACCGUCAACAUGGGAAAACCCCGUGGUUUGAGGACUGCAAGGAAACAUGUGAACCACCGUAGGGAACAGAGAUGGGCGGACAAGGACUACAAAAAGGCCCAUUUGGGCACACGGUGGAAGGCUAAUCCAUUCGGAGGAGCUUCACACGCCAAAGGAAUUGUCCUGGAAAAAGUAGGAGUUGAAGCCAAGCAGCCAAAUUCCGCUAUCCGUAAGUGCGUCAGGGUGCAGUUGAUUAAGAACGGAAAAAAAAUUACGGCUUUCGUGCCUAGGGACGGUUGUUUGAAUCACAUCGAGGAAAACGACGAGGUUCUAGUGGCAGGUUUUGGACGAAAAGGUCACGCCGUCGGUGACAUUCCCGGAGUUAGGUUUAAGGUCGUCAAAGUAGCUAAUGUAUCCCUUCUAGCCUUAUACAAAGAGAAGAAAGAACGACCAAGAUCGUAAUUUAUACAAGUUUUGUUAAAUAUAAAUUUUACUUUAUUCUUGUGUUUGAAUAAAAUGCAGGUCUGAAGUUGUA